GAGAAUAGUUCGUCUGGACUUGACUUUAAUCUACUUUAUCUAAUCAAUGUGCUGUUUGAUGUCUCCACGUUGUUACUUACCAUCAUAAAAGUGUAUACAGGCUGACUCUACACCAUGAAAUAUCUGGAACAGAACUAACCAUGGGGUUUACGUUGGUAUAUUCCAUAGUUUGUGCUAGUGUUUUGACAGUUACUCUAGUGAAAGCACAGACCUGUCAACAAUGUAUCAACUGCCAUCUUCCGGAUUGCUUUUGCAGUACAUUCAAACAUCCGAUGAACCGGAGCGAAAUUCCACAGAUGGUGUAUUUUGGAUUUGACGGUGUUUUGAAUUCAUUUUCUGCUGAAACCUACGAUUUGUUAUUCAUGCGAGGCCAUACCAACCCGAACGGCUGUCCAAUCAGUGCCACAUUGUUUAUCACACACAAUAACACCGAUCAUGAUAUAUCAAAAAAGUACUACAAACACGGGUUAGACUUAGCCGUGUCAGACACCGAAAAUAAUAUAUACGAUGUGGGGUUUAACAUCAUGAACGAUGUCAUAGAACAUAAAAACAUGCUGUCUGAACACGUUGGAAUACCUCUAGGAGAUAUAGCAGGCUGGAGGAGCCCUUCUUUAAUGGCGAUGGGGGAUAUGCAGUUCCUCGCUUUGCAAAAAUCAAGGUACCGCUACGACAGUUCUAUGACAUAUACGAAAAGUUCUAUAAAUGAUAGUAAUGCCUGGCCGUUUACAUUAGAUUAUGGGUGGCCCUACAAAUCAACCUGUGCCUCUCGGUGCCCCAACGAUCAAUAUCAUGGCUUUUGGGAGAUUCCUGUAAACUCUAUGAUACUUGACGGGGAACCGUGUACCUACGCUGAUAGUUGCCAGGAGAAAUUAUCGAAUUCUAACGAAAUUUUCAAAUAUUUGAUGGACAAUUUCAAAAGUCACUACUACGGCAAUAGAUCUCCGUUUGGAAUUAACAUCCAUUCCACUGAUUUCCUUAGCCUACAUAAAGAACCUUUGGAGAGGUUUAUUGUGGACAUAUUGAAUAACGAUGGUGUUUAUAUCGUUGAUAUUAAACAAAUUGUUGAAUGGAUGAGACGUCCUACCAAACUCUCUGGCAUCCGGGCUUUUGAACCUUGGUGUACUUCCGGUGUAAUGGGAAAGGAUCGAGAGAAAGCGAAGACGGGACCUUCUAAUGAACUGACGUUUGGGGAGAAGGCCUUGAUAGAUAUUCUUAUACUAGUUUCAAGUGUUGCUAUCUUGUAUACACUUUCAAUUGUAGUUGAGAGAGUUUAUCCCAGUCUAUUUAAGCGCCACUCUCGGCCGUUAUAUGAGGAAAUUCCCCUCACGCAAGAAGAUAUCUACAUGUGAUUGUAAAUGAAUCAGUAUCGCACAAAAUGUACCAACGUAAUAAUGUUUUACUACCAUGCUAUAUAUACAUGUUUCACGAUUUAGUUUCAUUUUAUUUUUCAUUUUAAACCAUUGCCGUUUUAAGUUAUCAAACCAUGCAGAUGAAUAUAGAGUUUUGUUAAUCGAUCUUAUAUAAAAUAAAUA